UCGCCGUCAGUCUUGUGCCUGUUCCGUAGCUAUUCUGACGUUUUAGGACUCCGGUUGCGCUGCGUUUCUUCCCCGAUUGGUCAAUUCCAGACACACACAAGGUGUCUCGUCGUCGGUUGGUCGUGCGGAGAAAUUCACCACCAUCUUCGAUUGGUUUUGUGGCGUUUAUUUGGUCGAGUGUUUGUUGCGCAUUGUUUUCUCGGACACAUAACGGGACCAGCUGACAGCUCUGUUGACGUUUCGCUAUUGGUUACCGCGAGGGGAGUUGAGAAGGUUUGGCGCAUCAACAAGUGGCCGCGGCUACGAGAUUGGCUGUGCGAGCAGGACGGCAGAAGCGGUGGUCAGUCUGAAGAGUCCCGAUUUGGGAAUUUCGUGGAAUUUCACCAAUUCGCGACGGAGAGAGUGCGCGAGUUGAGUGUUGCGCAAAGAGUUGCCAAGUGAGACACAACAACAACUGUCAGUGAGUGCGAGUUCGCGAACCAGCUUAGUAGUAGUUUAGACGCGAUAAGCGCGUGUGCACAGUAAAAUUUAAGUGCGUGUAACCCCGUUUUUCGCGAGACCAUCGGAGCAGUUCAGAGACAUCACAGUUUGACAGCGAGUUUUCUUUUUCUGCGUGUGUGUGUGUGCGUGCUGCUGUUUUUGGAAAUUGGAAAACAAGUUUGCGAGGUUCGCGAGACAACCCAGCCAUACACAUCCACAGUGUGGUCGUAGUAGGCUUGGCCCGGGUGUGUUGUUCGAGAACUGCUGGCGAGCACGUUCCGUUAUAUUUUGGUGUGUAACAACCUGUGGGAAGAACCGUGCGGCCCUAGUGAAAUCCCCUUGUAAAAAUUACCGUAGUGGCAACAGGUUUUCGGAAGGUGUCCGGGUUCGAGACAAGUGACAGUGACAGCUCCGCGCACGGUACAACUUCCACCGCAAUCAUCAAACGCAUUUGCGCGCCGUGAGAAAUCUGAUUAAAUCCGCAAUACAAACUGCAAGCAGCAAACCAAUAGCACAUUUGCGCGCGUGAACAAUUACUCAUUAUCAAGCUCGCGUGUCGAGAACCUCCGAGUUAUGCAACCGGACAGCUUCUAGCUGCUCGAAUUUCGACUUUGGAACCGUCGAAAAGAGAGGUUUCGCGCCACAAGCGACGAACCCGCGUCCGAUUUUGGAGCGAGCAGUGCGAAAGGAAAAGGUGAAAAAAAGGUUCAAGUGCAAUUAAAUUUUCGGUAGGAAGUUGGGCAAUCCCCGCACAGGAAAAAAAAGGAGCUAACGAAUUCAGUGAGAUUACCAUCAUCAACGACGGUACGGGGAGAGAGCUGUACCGGAGACUUGUGCGAGCGCGCAGCGGUGGGGCAAAUAACUAAACAAAGUAGCAAUAAAACAACUAAAAGUGUUUGAGGUGGAGUGCGUCUGUUUUUUGAGAAGGUUGUUGUUUUUUUUGUUGGUGAGGCCCUCCUGAAGAGAAGUAGCCCCAAUUGCUAACGGGCCAAUAUCUGGACACUUGAGCCAUCUGCCUCCUUAGAAGUGCGCGUGUGUGUUUGUGUACGGUGAAGAGAGUGCAGAUUCCCUGGCCCGCUGAAGAGGAGACGACGACGUCCCAAGAUGCUAGUUCCGGGACAUGUGGUGUCACUGUACGUGGCGACGAGCGGCUAUAACGGGGCCGCACUUGGCUCCGACGAGAAGGAGGUUGUUCUGCUGAUUUACGUAAUCAUCGAUGUGCAGACAAAUAAUAUUGUCGGCGUCAAGCAGUUCUUUGUGCGGCCCACGAACCCGAUCCAGCAAAGCCAGCAGCAGAGCCUCCUGAACGCCAGCAGUGCCAGCCAGAACAACAUCAGCUCCAGCAACACCUCGCUCGACAACCAGUCCCUCGGAAGCGGCACGACGACGGCGACGGCCAGUUCGGCCAACUCGGUCAACAACGCCACCAGCGCCACCACCAGCAGCAGCCUCACCGCGGGGUCGUCCCAGGCGCCGUGCGAGAAUGCCAUCAGCCAGGAGAUCCCCGCCAUCGAGUCCCUGAUCGCGUCCAGCGGGCGACCCCUCGAGGAGGUGAUCGAACAGUUCGAUGCCUACACCCGGUCCCUCAAGAUUGACCCCCACGGGGCCAACUUUCGGCUGGUGACGGACGGGCAGCUCCCGUUGCGCCAGUGUCUCCACCCAGAAGCAAGUGCCAAAGAUAUUCAGCUCCCGGCGUACUACUGGCGGUUCAGCGACCUGCGGAAGGAGUACGUCCGGUGCAAGGCCGGCGACCUGGCCCGGGCCCUGGUGCCGCUGUCCGACGCGACCAAGCUGCACGCGAUGCCCCGGCUCCCAGCGGCCCUCGGCUCCGUCGCCGAGAUAAUGCAAGAUCUGGAUUUGUCCACAUACCAGGAUAGUGAAAUCUACACGAAAGAAGCCCGUGAUAUGGUCACAAUCAUCCAGCACAUGAUAUCGUUAGGUCAUAAAUUCGAAGCAAAUGAAAUAGUUAAUUUAAGUUUAGAACCUGGAAUAUGCUCAAUCGAUGACGAAAUUGACGGCACUUGCAUAGUGCGGGCACGUGGACUGCCCUGGCAGAGCAGCGAUCAGGACAUCGCACGGUUCUUCCGUGGAUUGAAUGUGGCAAAGGGUGGCGUAGCGCUCUGCCUAUCGCCCCAGGGACGCCGCAACGGCGAAGCGUUGGUACGGUUCGUCUCGCAGGAGCACCGCGACAUGGCGCUCAAGCGGCACAAGCACCACAUCAGCAAUCGCUACAUUGAGGUUUACCGCGCCUCCGGCGAGGACUUCCUAGCCGUGGCCGGUGGCGCUUCCAACGAAGCGCAAGCCUUCCUGUCCAAGGGCGCCCAGGUCAUCAUCCGGAUGCGCGGCCUGCCCUACGACUGUACCGCCAAGCAAGUGCUCGAGUUCUUCGCCAACGGUGAAACCAGCUGUACGGUGCUGGACGGCGCCGACGGCAUCCUGUUUGUGAAGAAGCCGGACGGGCGGGCCACCGGCGAUGCGUUCGUGCUGUUUGCGCAAGAGUCGGACGCGUCCAAGGCACUCUCGAAGCACCGCGAGUCGAUCGGCCAGCGGUACAUCGAGCUGUUCCGGUCGACGACGGCCGAGGUUCAGCAGGUCCUGAACCGCUCGAUGGAUCCGAAGACGUACGAGCCGCCACAGCCGCCGUUGAUUGCGGCGUUGCCGCCGGUUCAGAUGCCGCUGCUGCCGCAGCACGUGAUCACCAGUGGGACGGAGAAGAAUUGCAUCCGGCUGCGCGGGUUGCCGUACGAGGCCAAGGUCGAGCACAUUCUGCACUUCCUGGAGGACUUUGCCAAGCACAUCGUGUACCAGGGCGUACAUCUGGUGUACAACGCACAGGGUCAGUUCAAUGGGGAGGCCUUCAUCCAGAUGGACUCGGAAGCGGCCGCCUACCAGUCGGCGCAGCAGAAGCACCACAAGAACAUGAUGUUUGGCAAGAAGCAGCGCUACAUCGAGGUGUUCCAGUGUUCCGGCGAUGACAUGAACAUGGUGCUGAACGGGGGCUUCCAGCAGCCGAACAACAUCUCGAAACCGCCGCUGCUGUCACCCGGUAUGUUACAAAGUGCGCAACAACCGCAAACACAGAACCCACAGACACUAGCGUUGUCCCAGCAGCUGCUGAGCGUUCCCCCUCCGUUGACCUUGUCGAUUCCCCCUCCCAAUGCCCAGUUGCUAGCACAACAGCAAGCCCAUUUUAUUGCCCAGCAAAGUUUGAUGGCCCGCCAGGCAGCGGCAGCCGCUGCGGCCAACCAACAGCAGGAGCACCUGCUACUGCAACACCUAUCCGUCUACUCGACGGGCGCUUCUUCGGUCCAAUCGCAAGCCCCGCCCACUUAUGCCACGGCCAACGCCGUCAGUCCCCAGUCUGCCGCGAGUAGUCUUCACAUGACCACGGGUCAUCCGCCUCCGUCAAUGUCUGGCAUGACCCAAGCCGGCGGCAUUCCUGCCCACCUUGCGGGCCAUCCGGGAGCCGCGGCCGGCCAAUAUCCCCAGUUUGUGUUCAUGCCUCGGCACAUGGUCAAUUCGGCUGGCUACCCGAUGGGCUUCAUGCCCUCUCACUUUGCCAGUCCAAUGCACUUUCCCGGCUCGGCAUCCGGAUCUGCGGCAACCGCAGCUGGUAGCUUGGCCCAGAGUCAACACCAUGCCGCCAUGUUGCACCACCAGAGCGCCAUGGGACAUUCCCAGCAUCACCAGCAGCAUGCCGCGGCCAUGAACGCGGCUGCUGCUGCAGCGGCGGCCCAAUCGGCCCAGUCCGCGAUGCUUCCGGCCAGCAUCAAACGCUCGUACGACAAUGCCUUCCGCGGCGACCAGUCCCAACUGUCGGCGGCCACAACCGGCUCGAAACGCCCCUUCCACGGCGGCCAGCAAGCCGCAGCUGCUGCCGCGGCCGCCGCUCUCUAUGCGCCCUAUUACCAUCCGCACAUGUGAGCUAACCUCAAAAAUCUAUUUUCGACCUUAUUUAUCAUGUUGGCUAUUAUAAAUGAACUAAAGUUAAAGUUAGUACACUUGUACUAAAAAUUACCAUACAAUUAUAUUUUUAUAAAGUUAUUUUUGCUAUUUACAAAUAUGCAUAUAAAUUAUGAAUUCCCUUCCAUUCCAAGAAAUGAUGUAGCUUGUAGUGAAAAUAAAGACAAAAAAACACAUUCCAUCCACUGCGCAAACUGAUGCAGCUAUUUGUUUUAGAGCUCCCCCUUUCCCCAACCCAACAAAAAGACUCUCUCCAAUCGAAAGACGCUACUAAACGUACUUAUAAGAAAAGAUUCACAUAUAUAUUUUUUAAAUACGAUAGAUGUUUAUUUUUACAAGCGAUAAUGUUGUGCUAACAAGCUGGGUUCCCACACAAAAAUAAAAUCACGCCGAAAACUCAUAAAAAUAACAACCUUUGUUCUCAACUGGGAAACGCGCGCGCGAGGAAGCAUUCUGCUCGGGUCGAGUGUUCUAAAACUGCGGUGUUACUCUUACUCGGGCGGUGUCGGGAUAACGCGCGGCGCGCGUUUGUGUGCGUGUUCUAAAAAGUAGUUCUAAAAGAAUGACGUGACAAAUGGACACUUACACGAGCGCGUGCGCGCUCGCGCAAACUGAUGAUUGAUAUUUCGUUUUGCAAUAUGUUAGUUUUAGGGAUUACUUUACUUUUAGAACACACGCGUGCGGCAUAAUUGAAGAAUAUUUAAUCGUAUUAGGAUUCAUUGAUUGGGUUAACGUCUUAACCGAUUUCUUUAACCAACACACCAAACACGCAACAAACGAAAGCAAUUUGCUAAACUACAACAAAACAUGUUCGGUUUCAAAUAACAUUAACACAAAAACUAAGGUUGGCACCGUUCGGACAAAAUAACCUACACUAGCAUUCCAUUUGAAUCUUCCCUUCCUCUUUCCUACCGAAACAAAAUCAAACAAAACGCACCCCCCAACCCUUUGUACUAACACAAUUUGUUAUUUCUGCUGCGGCCUCCCACACUCGUUUUUCUUUUUACAAAAACACGCGCGUCGCAUUGUUAUUCCAGUAAUUUACCACAUAUAGACUUAUUUAACCCCUCCCUGCUAGAUUUGUAAGUGUUGUCGUGCUCGUGUUUUUUUAGUACAAUUGUCCCACACAUUGGCUAACUCUAAGCGAUAAGUUUCGGCGGCAAGCGGUUUUGUGUGAUUAUUAUUAUUUUCUGCUCGGGUUCACGGUGAUCGUGUAGCGCGCCACAUUCCGUCUAUUUUAUUUCUGUGUCCCGUUGUAACUUUCGUUCGCAGCAGUACAUUACACUUACACGUAAUAACAACAACAACAUACACAAAAAACACUCCUUGUUAUACAUAGCAAAAAAAAACACGGCGCAAGUACAGAAAAAAGCAAAUUGUGUUAUCGUAAUCUGGUAUUCAGGGCUUUAAUGUGAAAAGAGACUCUUUUUUGUGUGGCGGUUGCGGGCGUUUUUCGAACAGUUGUGUUUUUAUCUUUAAAUCCGUACUAAUUGUGUUCGAAAAGCGCGCGCUGCCGCGCAAGGUUCGGAGAGCAAUGGCUGAAAUGUGUACUUUAUAUACUUUUUUUUACCGGAUAAGAUUGUUAGUUGUUAGUUUGUCACACACUCAUCUCGGAGACAGAACGGGGAAAAUCUCAGACGCGCAAGGUAAAUUUGGUUUGGUGGGCUUGGUUGUUACAUUCAUCUUUGUUUUGUUUACUUUACUUCCACCUUCCGGUGUUCGGGUAUCAUUUCGCUGAACAUUGCGCGGAUAUGCUGUACUUGUGUAACAAAGUGUGUUCCUAGCUCGAACAGUGCACCUCGUUUGCUCGGGUGGUCGGUGACGUCGGUUUGUUUAUAUCUCACCAAAUUCUUCCGUUUGGAUUUUCGCCCUUCUGUGCUCUGUGGAGAGAGUGAGAGAGUGAGAAAAUGCUCCGCUCCCGUUUUCGGAAAGUUGUGGGAGGAGCCCAAUUAUACAGAAUUGAUAUUGUUACGUUCGUGUUUUUUAUUCCCGUUUCCUUCGCUCAGCUCAAAAUAGCUUAGAUUUUUUUAAAUGUGUCUGUGUAAGCGUAUCAUGUACCCGGUAGAAUUAAUAUUUUUCUUUUAUUCAUAUAUUCUUUAAUAAGUCAAAAACCCAAUAAAAACAGCUCUUUGGAAAUAGUUUAAAUAACAUUAAACAUAACAAAA